AGAAAGAAGAAGAAGAGUAGAAGUGAGAAGUGGAAGGGAAACUGCUCAGGUCAGCCGCAACAAGUGAACGACGGUGGCAACUGCAACUGCAAACUCACCGUACUAUCAAUAUGGCGAACGACUCGUCGUUUUUGUUCGCCGGUAUUCAUUUCGAUAGAAAGAAAUUCGGCGCCGAUAUUGCACGCUUCCAGAAAAAAGACACGGAUAACAGUUUUGCGAAGAUUCAGACCGUGACAGAAGAUGAAGAAAGCAAGGAAACAAUAGAAGCUGUGUCUGGAAAGAAGAGGAAGCGCAAGAAAACCUCUUCUGAAGCUGUUGACGGAUUCAGUGUGUUCCGAAGUUCAACAUCCAAGUCAAACGAAGAAGGCCAAGCCGAUGAUAAUGAUGAGUCCAUUCGGCUGAAGAAAGAACAAAAUAAGCAACUCGAGCGUGAUGCUAUCUUCAGGAAGAAUCAUAACAUUCAUGUCUCUGGUUACAAUGUGCCGUCCCCACUUCAAAGCUUUGAUGAGUUGAAAACAAGAUAUAAAUGUCCAUCCUAUUUAUUGUGGAAACUGGCAGAACUUGGAUUCAGAGAACCAACACCAAUCCAACGGCAGGCUAUUCCAGUACUCUUACAGGACCGUGAAUGUUUUGCGUGUGCCCCAACUGGCUCUGGAAAAACCCUUGCAUUUGUGUGCCCCAUGCUCAUGAAGCUCAAGGCUCAUGCAAAAGGUGGCGUUCGAGCUGUUAUCAUUUGUCAUAGCCGUGAAUUAUCUGGUCAAACAUACAGAGAGUGCAAAAAGCUGGCCAAAGGAGAAAAGUUUCGCAUCAAGUUAAUGACAAAAAAUCUUUUAAGAAAUGCUGAUUUUUCAAAAUUUUCUUGUGACAUACUUAUAUCCACUCCACUUCGAUUAUGCUUGGCUAUCAAGAAGAAAAAGGUUGAUCUCAGCAGAGUUGAGUAUCUUGUCCUUGAUGAAUCUGAUAAGCUAUUUGAGCCUCAAUUGUUCAAGCAGAUUGAUUCUAUUAUCAAAGCAUGCACAAACCCCUCAAUAAUACGCUCUCUGUUUAGUGCUACUUUACCUGAUUUUGUUGAAGAUCGAGCUCGAGAACUCAUGCAUGAUGCUGUUCGGGUAAUCGUUGGCAGGAAGAAUAUGGCUUCUGAUACAAUUAAGCAAAAGUUAGUUUUUACCGGAAGUGAAGAAGGAAAACUUCUAGCGAUUCGGCAAAGUUUUGCAGAGAGUCUAAAUCCUCCAGUAUUGGUCUUUCUCCAAAGCAAGGAGCGCGCGAAAGAGCUGUAUGGGGAACUUGCAUUCGACAAUAUUAGAGUUGAUGUCAUCCAUUCUGAUUUGUCUCAAGAAGAGCGAGAAAAUGCAGUUGACAACUUCAGAGCUGGUAAAACAUGGGUUUUGAUUGCCACUGACGUGGUUGCUCGGGGAAUGGAUUUCAAAGGCAUAAACUGUGUGAUCAAUUAUGAUUUCCCAGAUUCUGCAUCUGCAUAUAUCCACAGAAUUGGUCGUUCUGGCAGAGCAGGGAGGAGUGGGGAAGCGAUUACAUUUUACACAGAGGAGGACAUUCCAUUCCUGCGGAAUGUAUCUAAUCUAAUGGCAUCCUCAGGCUGUGAAGUUCCAUCUUGGUUGACGGAGUUGCAGUUGCAGAAGAAGAAGUGGAAGAAGCAUCGACCUGACAGAGAUUCUAUCUCAACCAAACCAGAUCUACCCAAAAGUGAUUCGAUCUCAACCAAACCGAAGUUGCAGAAGAAGUUGAAGAAGCACCGACCCAAAAAAGAUUCUAUCGUAACCAAACCGGAUCUACCCAAAAGUGAUUCGAUCUCAACCAAACCGAAGUUGCAGAAGAAGUUGAAGAAGCACCGACCCAAAAAGGAUUCUAUUGUAACCAAACCAGAUCUACCCAAAAGUGAUUCGAUCUCAACCAAACCGAAGUUGCAGAAGAAGUUGAAGAAGCACCGCGACCCGAAAGAGAUUCUAUCUUAAACAAACCGGAUCUAUAAGCCUGUGACAGCAGAGAAUGGGACCAAGUUUUUGACUGAAAUGUUUAGCUGUGUUUAUUUUUUGAUAGACCAUACAACACUGGUAAAAUUUAUAAUUCCCCAUCUCCAAAAAAUGAUGAUGAAAAAAAAAGUGAGUGCAAGUGUCCAGGCAAUGUUGCCUAAUACUUCCAGAAGCUUAAACCAUGAUAUAAUCAUUUCCAGUACCUUCAUGCCAGUUGCCACCCUCAUUGUAGACAACCCAAGUGGUCUCUUAUUAAAUGGGAAUUUUUGUGCCUCUCGUUGUAGUAAACAUGUAGUUUGUUUUACCCUUAAAUGUCUGAUUCGAUAAACUUCAAAACUCCAUCUCAUUUAAUAGAUUUUCAUUGUGCUAUAGCUUUCAUUGCGGUAUGGUGGUAGUUGCCUCAAUGCCAGGCAAACAUUAAUUAGAACAUAUUCCCAUUAUGAUUUAUGCAGUGUAUGAUUAUUUCUUACAUUUUAUGUUGUAAUAUUACCAAGAAUUUGAAAUGUUGUUUGAGCUA